AACUGUAGUUUUAUAUAUGGCAACGCAAAAAUGAAAACAUAACUAAAAAGAUGGCUGACAUCGUAAUUGGUGUUCGAGCGUACAGUAAAAUGCUUUUACAUGCUAUGAAAUACCCUCAUCAAGCUGUUAAUGGGGUAUUUUUAGCUGAAAAAAGAAAAAGCAAAGAACAUGGAUCUGGUUCUGUUAAUAUUAUCGACGGCAUUCCACUAUUUCACCUAAAUUUAAAUUUAACACCAAUGCUUGAAGUUGCAAUGGUUCAAAUUGAGCAAUACUGUAAAGAACAAGGUCUUGUAAUCGCAGGUUACUAUCAAGCUAAUGAACAUAUAAAAGACUGCAGCCCCAACUUUAUUGCAAAUCGAAUAGCUGAUAAAAUCUAUGAAAAUUUCCCUGAUGCUUGUUUGAUUAUGGUUGAUAACCAAAAAUUAUCACUUGACUGUGAUGAAGUAGCUUUUCAUUUGUAUCAGUGCAAUGAUGGGAAAUGGAAGUUAAAAGACAAAAACAGUAUUCAUUUUGAACAAGGUCAUAAAGCCCUGAGUGCAACUGCAGCCAUGCUUCAUUCUAAAAUGUACCGAAAACUAAAUGAUUUUGACAAUCAUUUAGACAAUAUAGGCUUUGACUGGACCAAUCCUUUAAUCAAUGAGGAAAUUGAUCGUUGCCUAUAAAAAGCUGCUAUUUAUUGAAAAUAAAUAUAUUGUUACAAAAAUUUUAUUUAUAUUAUUUUAUUUAUCACAUUAUUAUUGUUAAGUAAUAAAGGGAAAAACUUCAAUUAUAAAUAUUUCAUUUUGUACUUUUUUGAUAUGUAUAAAAAUGUCUAUAUUUAUUUCCUCAUAUGUGGGUCCUGUAUGAACAAAGGUUGUUUUAAAAAAAAUGAAAUGUUUGUGAAUGAACUUUUUGAAAUAGCACUUUUAAUUUUUUAAUGGUAACACACAGUCUAUUAUGGGCCAUUCAAAUAUUAGGUUAGCAUAUUCUCUGCAAUUUUGUAUCUCCCACAGUUUUGUAUCUUAAUAUUCUCUGCAAUUUGUAUCUUGUCAGCAAAAAUAAGCAAAUCAAGAACCCCUCCCUUGCUUACUUAAAAUGUCACAACAUUCCUUCUCUGGUUUUAAUUUUGACUUUUACUAUAGCACUCUAUUUUUUGGAUAAAAUUCAAAUAAAAGGUGUAACUUUGCAUCAAGCAAAAUUUGCUUUUUAAUUAAUUUAUAAAAUUUCGAGUAGAAUAUUCUUGAACUUUGGCCUCUGAAACUCUUAUAAAAAAAUUCCUAUAAUUUUUUCUUACCCUGAAUUUAUUUUUUGUUUCAUAUUUGGAAUUUUUCCACAAGUAAAUUUUUUCUUUGCAUUUUUUAUUUUGAUUUUAAGAAAAUUUUGAAAAUAAAAGAAUUUUAAUGCCUUACAUCAGUAUUUUCUUACCCCUCCUUCUGCCUUGUCAGAUAAAAUAAGCAAAUCGUCUACCCCCUCUUUUUUUCUUUUUUUGUAACCUGCAAAUUUUUCGUAAUAUUUGAAUGGCCCCCUUUUUAUGAUUUGGCUGUUACUGUUUUUGAUAUUCGGGUCAUUUUCAAGAAAUUUGAACUUUUGAAUGUCCCAUGAUUUUAAGUAAAAACCAUUCAAAUAACAUCUUUAAUCAUUCAAGUUAAUUUACUAUAUGUUUUUGGUAAAUAUGGAUACACAACUAACAGUGUUCUCCCUGAUCAUUUUUAAAAGGGUGGUGAUCACAAUGAGUACGUCCUCUUUGCACUUUUUGUAAAUAUAAACUGCCAUCCCUUAACACUGCCUAUUUAUUCAUAUUCUAUUUUGGAAAAAAUUAAUUCACUGCUUAAAUAAUAAUUACACACUGGUAAAAUUAUCUGUGUUUAUAAGUUUAAUUCCGAUUACUAUGACAAAUAUUUACUUUGUUAGGAUUUUUCUCAACUGGUUAAAUUUUUAUAAGUAUCUCUUUUUUCGGUGGGAGAUAUUAAUAAAUUCUGUACGUGAUUUUAAAAUUAUUUUUUAAAUAAAUAACUUUUUUUUUAAAAAGAAAUAUGCACCUUUGAAUGUUCAUUUUCUUAUAAUUCUCAGUAUAAAUUAUAGAAAAAAAAAGUUGUUUAUCAAUUAAUAUUUUUUUUUUCUAAGUUGACUGUCUUUGAAAAAAAUUUGUGCACAGUAUUUGUCUUUUAGGAUUUUUUUUUUGUGACCUGCAAAUUUUUUUCUUAUUUUGAUAAUGAGUGAGAACUAUUUUUUGAAAUGUACACAUAAAAUAGUAUAAGAGGGUAAUUUUCAGUUAUUACAUAAUAUUUCCCAUUUUAAUAGAUUUUUACGGAGUUAAAUGCCCUUUCUCAAAGAGCCCUUUUUUGAGAGUAAGCUCCCUCCCCUUUUAUUUAUUACCAGAGAGAACCCUGUUACUAGUAUUUUAAAAAUAAUGCUUUUGUAAUACAUUUCUAAUGCGUUAAUUACUGCUUAAUUGCUACUAGCUUUCUUUGCCUCUUAUUUUACUGCAAUUAGACCAACUGCUAAUAGAAAAUCAUUUUAAUUUAUCUAGUUAUGUAAAUUGUGUUAUAUUUACUAUACAACACAGCGUAUCUACUAUUCAGUUUCAAAAUUACGUUUGAGCAAAAAUUGAGCAUUUUUAUGCUGCCCAUGGAUUUUUUUCUGUCUGUUACAAUAAUUAUAUUAAAUUACUUCUAUUGAGUUGGCAAAAAUAUGUCCCAUGGCUGCCAAUAUGGUCUAUCUCUGAUAAGGUAGUCAUUUCAAAAAUUAUCUUUUGUUUAUGCUAUAUUCUAAGAAAAUAAAGCUUUAACAAGGUAAUGAUGUUUUAUUUACUUUCUCCUCUGUUACUGGCAUUUAAUUGUUCAAAUGUAAACAAUUUUGUAUGGUGAGAUCAAAUUACACUUUUCAGUUUUUUAUAAGCAUUUCUUUUUUUCAAUUGAUCCUGUUUAAGUAAAUUGGAGUAAUAAGUAGUCAAUUUCUAGUUUUAAUUUGACUAGAGUGUGAAUUCUUUACUAUUUCAGGUAACUUAUUUUUUUUUAUAUAUAUAAACACAUAUGAAUAUUGGUAACAGAAGGGAACAUAAGGCAGUUUCAAGUUAAUGUUUUAUUUUAUGUUCGAAGUCAAAAAGUGCACCACUCUUUUAUGGGUAAAGAACAUUCCAAUUGCAGCUUAAAUUUUUAUUGGUCGAAAUUCGAAUAUUUAUUUUUUUAAGAAAUAUUUUUCUAAAUGCCUCUCCAUUUUGAAAAUGACCCAUAUCUAUCAUUUAUUAAAAAUAAAAUGUUCUAAUUGCCAUAAACAAAAAAGAUAUAACAAAUAGUUUUACAGAAUUUUAAAUAAAUCCAAUUGUGACUAAAAAUAUUGUACAAUGAAAUAUUGUUUAGUGAAACCUGUGCAAGUUGACCACAUGUGUUGCAUUUCUUUAGUGGUCAAUUUAAAAGAGGGGAAUGAGUCUUUUUUUUAUCAUUUCUUAUAUCAUGAUUUAUAUAAUGAUGCUGUUCAAGUUAUUCAUAUGUAUAUCUUCUAUAUUACCAAUCAAUAAAUGCAAUUAAUUUUUUUUUAAAAUUCGAAUUUAAAGUUUUAUUCUGCAAAUACGCCACAAUAAUGUCUUAAAAAGUGAUAUUAAUUUAUAAAAUAUAUUAGAAUCUAUUACAUCAAUUUAAUGUUAAACUAAUUAGUUUAAAAAUCAAAUAUAAUUAUUUUGUUUAUGAGGCAUGCCAUUUUUAUUUAUUAUAAAUUUCUUAAAAUAUUAAUACACACAAACAUAAAUUCAAUUAGAAAACUCAACAUUUCGACAUUUAUUUUAUAAUACCAAUUUGUUAAAAAAAAGUCCUUGAUAGUUUCCUCAUACUGUCAACUCACAAUGGAGUCAAGAUGUUAGUUCGAUUUCACCAAUUCAGUGAAAUUCUAUUACCAAAUAUAAUGUCAUAAGAAAUCUCUAAAAGAGGAUUUUUAUUUCUUCUUAUAGUCAUCCUAUGAAGGGUUUAGAAUAUCGUUCAUUAACAUAACUAUGUUACUGUGAACAACCAAAAUAGGUGGUUGUUGACAAUCACGUAGUCGCUUUGGUAAAUGUACGAAGUAUAUACUAGGUCUAGUUAAGUGCCACUGCCGGCUAUACAUUUGCCGGGUACUCUGAACACUGAUGUUUAUCCUCAACAGAUAUUAAAAUAUCAAAUAAAUAUAAUGUCAACAAAUAAAUAUAAUAAUAUCAACAAAUAAAUUAAUAACAAAUCAGAUGUAACAAAUAUUUCAGACAUUCACCAAAGUGACUAUGUGAUCGUUGACAUUCACCGGUGAAAGUCUACAUUCUCUUGAUGUGGAGCAUUCACGGUAACAACUAUACUCCAGUUAAGAAAAUACUAUUGUGGUAUGUGAUUUAAGUAAUCAACCUCGACUGCAUAUAGUUCCGUUUUAUUUACCUAUCAAAUUAUAUGAUUAUACUUUCGAAACGAUAUAAAAGCUUUUAUAAGUUAAACACAUUGAAUUGGUGCUAUUUUUUUUAGCAAAAAGAAAGCCAAGCUACAUUAUUUCAAGAGUUGGCAAUGUUGAUAUUCGUUCGCGCUUGGAGCUUGGCAUUCAUUCACUGUGCCCUUAGAUGCAAACAGGCUCUCUUCAUUGGGAUAAUGGUUUUUUCUUAACUUGCAACAGAAUAUAGACAAAUUUGUCUUAUUUCAGUGGUCUACAUACAAGAUAGAUUGAUGGUAAUAUGCAAAAAUUUUGCUCCCAAAUAUUAUAUAGGAUAAAUUUGGCUCUUAAUAAUCGAGGUCAACUUACAAGGGUUACAAUUUUCAGGUUUCAUUGCAAAAUUAAAUUUUGUGUAAAUAAUUUAUUAUUAGCAUGUAUAUUAAGUUUUUUUUCUGAUUGUAUUAUAUAAAUAGUACCAUUCACAUUUCAUUUUAUAAUAAGUCAUUAAAAGUUGUUUGUUUGAAUUAUUAAUGUUGGUUUUGACCUGUACAACAUUUCACAUGAAAAUAAAAUCUUCCAUUUGUUUUAACUGAAAA